AAAAUGAAACAGAUUAUGUUGAUAAUGAAAAUUCAAUAGAUUAUUUUGAUGAGAAUGAAAUGAAUAAUUUUGACAAGAAUGAAACAGAUGAUUUUGACAUUGCACCAUUAGAUAAAUUCAACAAAAACAGCAUGAACAUAGUAGAAUCAUCUUUACAUAUAGAAAUAAUAGAAAAUAUCGCACAGUUACAAGAAUGUAGUAAG